UGAUCAACUCCCGUUCGCCCACAAAGACCAAAGUGGGUUCAUCCCAUCGCCUCCGCCAUUCAUCCCCUCGCUUCUCGUAUUCCAAACAACCAAUUCAGCCAAAGGACAUGUUGAAUCCCACGCUCUAUCAUCUAUCACAGGAAGUACUCGACAACGUCGCAGAUCAUUGCGCACAGCUCAUUAACGAGCACAAGCAUCUUACCAUUCGCAACCUCGCUCGCGCCGACAGAGCCUUCACCGCAAGCUGCCAUAUUCACAUAUUCCACGAACUCUUUCUCAAAGACGAUUGGGACGAGACGUUCAAGUCUAUCGUUGAAAAGAAAUGGAAUAUUCUCGACGCAAUCCGUCCUUGGCGCGCCUCGGGAGAUCCGAAGUACGGCGCGAUCUUCACAGACGUUAACUUCAUGAAAAUUAUGGGUCUUAUCACCCAGUCCACGAAUCAAUUCCACACACUACGCCUCAAGACGAUUGGACAGAAGGACCUUCCAGGCGCAAAGCACCUCGGAACAAAACUAAUGCAGUCAGGUCUCGGGCAAACCUUGACGACGCUCUACAUCGAGAAUUGGACAAACUUUCCUAUCAAUAUCUUCUUCCUGUGCUCCAACUUAAAGGACCUCAGGACACACCAUAUCGUUCCGGCGCCACAAGUGGCAAGAACUUCUCUCGACGAUCGCAGCGAUCCACUGAAGCUAGAACGGUUCGAGUACGACGACUCAGAAGAACUCAUGAAAAAAAUUCUUGGAACGCCCGACGUGCGCAGUUCCGCGUUGGUGACAUGGACCUACCUACGCACUCUCAAGACUGUGCCAUACGAUCGCAAUAAUAUGUCACAUUUCCAGGCGAUCUUGAACGCAGCGUCCGAAUCCGUAAAGGAUAUCAUUCUACUUGGCGGCCGCCCACUACCGCUCGAGGAGUUUAUCGACCUCAAAGCAACGAAGAACCUCGAAGCCUUCACAGUGUACACGAUCAUCAACUGCAGGGCCAAGCACCACGACGUCCUCAGAGAUUUGAGCACCAUUCUAGCAACCCUUCCCUCAAACAACCAGAUGAAGACCUUCUCCCUUGAUGUCUGCGUGGUUGGGGCUCGACCAUUCAAACUAUGUCUCGAUGAAGAUUGGGAAGGUCUUUGUGAGGAGAUCGUUCGCAUCUCUGCGAAUAAACCGUUCUCCUUUUCACUAUUCAUCGGUGUGGAGUACAAGAGCCUCACACAGAAAGCAGCGGGGGAGGGUGCCCUUUACGAGAGAAUUGAAGGACGUAUUCGAGCUUCUCUCAAGAAUUUUCCCAACGUCAAUUUCAGUCCGCUCAACAACAUCACCCGCUGAC